AUGAUAGCACAAACGACAGAUCAGGGAACAUACGCAUCUGAAAGUCUGGCCAAUACUGUGGAUAGUAAUGCCUCUGACGCUGGAAGUACAGCAUGCGAUGAAAACAUGGACUCCAGAGGAAUGCCUGCUGGGUGUGUUUUUGUUGCCAGUCUGUCCAAGCUACUGAAGGACUCAGAACUCAGCACAUCUGUAUUGCAGCAUUUCUCUCAAUGGGGUUUAGUUCUCAAUGUGAAGGUAUUUAGAGACUGGAUGCAGAGACCUUACGGCUUUGUUCAGUUUGCGAGUCAAGAAGAUGCCCAAAAAGCUCUCAAAGAAGCGUCAGGAACUUUGUUGAACGGCAGAUACAUCCGUUGCGAACCCGCACGCGUAAACAGAACUAUAUAUCUUGGACAAAUGCCUGAAAACACCAGUAAAACGGAAAUACAACAGCUAGCUGAAAGCUUCGGCUGCAUUGAAGACGUAACCAUUAUCAAGACCACCGCUACGCAUUCCACAACUGUGGGGGCUUUCAUCCGAUAUCAAUAUAGAGAUGAUGCUAUCAAAGCUUAUCUGGUACUACAUCAUGAUCCUCCAUUCCAAGCUAUGACAGUCGAGUGGGCAACUAACCUGAACCAGUCAAGCAAAAAGAUGAACAAUUUGAUGGAAGUCGCCUCAUCUUCCACAUUGGUCAUCAAAAACUUGCCUCCAGGCAUCAAUCAGGAUGACCUGCGCAACUACCUUAUGUCGAGCGGGAAUAUCUCAUCUGUUGUGUUAGUCGGGAAAACUCCAGUGAGGAAAAGAACAGCAGCAAAUAACAAUGAUCCACGUUGUGCCUUUGUCCGGUAUGCGAGUUAUGAGGAUGCUAAAAAAGCGCAAGAAAUUGAGAACGGCAAAGUAUGGAAUGGAUAUAAGAUAAAGGCGUUCUUCAAGGAUUGCGAGAGUCUGCGGAACGAUAGCGUUAAAUUUGACAAGUUUAAAAAACCUUACCCCCCUGGUCAAUGUGUUUCGUCUUCGAUGGCUAAACUGAAUAUGGCUCGCUCGCAGAAAACUCCCGACCAAAUAGUAAACAAGACAUACUCGCUCAAUUCGUCCCUGGUUCCAUCUUCAUCUACUUACCCAAGACCACAGAAGCGUGACUACAAGCCUAAAGGUAGCUUAGCCAAUAGUAUAUCCCAGCUGUGUCAGUAUCCAGCAGAGCUGCAAGUUAGGUCUGUCAUACAACCAUGUGCAGAUGGAUAUCAAGUCCCUUGUAGCUUGAUGACGUACAUUUCAUCACAUUAUAACUCUCCUGACCACUCUGGAUUAUACUACUCCCUACCCAUGUACCAGUACUGCCUUGAUUAUGGACUAGGUUUUUACUAUGCAAAUGGAUACGGAUACCCAGGCGCCUGCUAUCCUGUAACACCACCGACCCCAUUUACAAGCAUGCCAUUAAGCUCCGCGGGCAGGAAAACUUCGUCCAGGCAGAACAGCGACUGUGAUCGAAAUUAA